AAACAAACCCCGGGGCCCGUCGGACGUGCGCAGGUGCGGAUCUGCGCCGGGUUUGCCCUCAGAUAAACGCCCCCUCUGCACCAGGGGCAAAAUUCGCCUCCGCUCGUCGACAGGACUUGCCCUUCCCCACUCAUCAGCAGUCCAGUUUUGACAGAAAUGAUCGGUUUAGUUCAAGCCAUGGAUUCCCAGUGGAGAUUGAUCCAAAUGCCAGCAUCUUCCAACUUAAGGAGGCAGUUGCUAAGAAACAAAGUAUUCCAAUUGACCAGCUGCGUGUGAUCUUUGUUGGAAAGGAGCUGAGGAAUGAUUCGACACUGCAGGUGCCUGUACAAAAUGUGUACAAAAUGAAGAACUGCGAUCUGGUCCAGCAAAGCACAGUUCAUGUGGUACAGUGCACAUCUCAACCGACUAGACAAGCAGUGGGUGAUUCAAGCUCUAAAUAUCAUGAAAACAAAAUGGUCCACUUACGUCAACUAGACCGCAGCGCAUCUGUGGUUCCAAGACUUUCUACUGAUCUUACUGUUAUGCUGGGGAAUGAAGUCCAAGGUGGUAAUAGACAUCCUGAAAAUGCAGGUUCAAGACGUUACCACAGUUUUUAUGUCUAUUGCAAGACUGUGUGCAAGGCUGUGCAGCCUGGAAAACUCAGAGUCCGUUGCAGUACUUGUCAGCAUGGAACGUUGACUUUAACCAUGGACCCAACAUGUUGGGAAGAUGUUCUGGAAAAAAAUAGGAUGACUGGUGUAUGUCAAGCCAAAGAUUGCGAUGGAAAUGUUGCUGAGUUUUAUUUCAAAUGUGGAAACCAUCCAACCUCCGAGAGCGACGCAUCAGUGAUUUUGAACUUAAUUACUCCCAACAGGCAAAAUGUCCCCUGUAUAACCUGCACUGCGACUGUUGAUCCAGUGUUGGUAUUCCCGUGUGUGGAUCAACAUGUCAUCUGCUUGGAUUGUUUCUACCUAUAUUGCAUGACACGGCUGAAUGACCGGCAGUUUAUUCAUGACCAAGAGGUUGGAUAUUCUCUCCCUUGUGUCGCUGGCUGUCAAGAUUCACUCAUUAAAGAAGCACAUCACUUCAGGAUACUUGGAAACGACCAGUAUGAUCGUUAUCAGCACUAUGGAGCGGAGGAAUGUGUGCUGCAAAUGGGUGGGCUACUUUGCCCAAGACCAGGCUGUGGAGCUGGCCUGCUUCCCGAUGGAGGCCUACGCAGAAUAGAAUGUCUGCCACAGAACGGACUGGGCUGUGGGUUUGUUUUCUGUCGUGAGUGCAAGGAGGAGUUCCACGAGGGUACGUGCUGCGGAAUCCACGAUACAGCCGCUGCUGUGAGCCAGCAGCAUUUUGUUGUCAACGAACAAGUUGCCCAACGAGCGCGUUGGGAAGAGGCUUCAAGGCAAACCAUCAAGGAAACAACCAACCCUUGUCCAAAGUGCCAAGUACCAGUGGAGAAAAACGGAGGCUGCAUGCACAUGAAAUGCCCCAGGACUUCCUGCCAGUUUCAGUGGUGCUGGCUGUGCAGAAAAGAGUGGAAUCGCGACUGCAUGGGUGACCACUGGUUCGAGUAAGCUGCACCGCAAAGGAAGAGGCCAAACGAACACAGAGAUUCAGGAAUCUGCUUAGAUUUCGUCAGAGACCAGAGACAGUUGGAUUUCAGCCCUUUCGUGUGUCGGUAUUCAAGAAUAUUUUCAUUAUUCAGGUAGAGAGCACAGCUUUAAUUUGAGAGUCGUAAAGUUUAAAGGAGAUGUGUGAGGCAAGUCUUUCAUGCAGAGAGUGGUGAGUGUCUGGAACGUGCUGCCAACUGUAGUACUUUUGGUUCCAGUACUAGUUACACUUAGAACAAAGAACAGUGUAGCACAGGAACAGGCCCUUCAACCCUCUAUGUCUAGUUUAGUUUGUAAUUGCAGAUCCACUUUUGAGACCAGCAGCGGAGUGGCGCCUGGCUUAUGCCAAUUUAACCUGCAUGUCUGCCUGCAGAUGGUCUAUAACCAUCAAUUCUCUUGUGUUUGUACAAAUGCCCUUUAAACACUACUUUCAUAUCCACAUCCACCUCUUCUCUGAUUGUGUUCCAGGCACUGACCUUGGAUGCUGCCUGUGUGAAGUUUGCACGUUCUACGUGUGACCGCAUGGGUUUCCUCCCACAUCCCAAAGACAUGCGGGUUUGUAAGUUAAUUGGCCUCAGUAAAAUUGCCCUAAUGUGUAGGGAGUGGAUGAGAAAGAGGGAUAACAUAGAACUAGUGUGAAUGGGUGAUUGAUGGUCAUCGUUGGUGGGCUAACAGGCCUGUUUCCACGCUUUAUCUCUAAACCAAACUAAAUCAACUCUCCAUUGUGACAGGGAUGGGAAGGUGGGAAUGAUCGUUAAUGAGGGAAGGGCAGCAGGCUGCUGUCACCGUGUCAUGCCACUGUGGGCUGGAUGUAAUUGCACCUGACUUUGCCACUGUUGUAAAGUGCUUGUAAUAUGUUGAGAAUAUUGUCAUUCUUGCUCGGUGGUGUCAACUGCUUCUUCAUGCUUCUUAAACGGGUUUCUUAAAUUAACACGCUAUAUUAUCGAACUGGUUUGUUGGUUGAUUAUUGCAAAUAAAUGGUACAUGGAACAACAUUUCAUCAUUUUCCUUUUGAAAUGUUUGGCCCAUUCAUUUCU